AUGCAGCUCUUGAACAUCGUCCUCGCCCUCGUGCCCCUCGUUGCCGUCUCUGAGGCUGCUUGCCACCAGAGUGGCGAGUCUUGGGGUUCCAUGAAAGACUCUGUGCUGUAUCAACUGCGAGACGCGUGCAGGGCGAGCGUAUUGAGUGGCAGUUAUGGUCAAGGCCAGAAAAAGACGCACUGCAUCUUCGUCCCUGGCUCGGGCAAGCACGCCGACCUUGAGGUCAAGCGUCUUACAGGCGGCUCCACCUCCCUGUCCGAGUAUGAUUGCUACUACUACCUGAACCGUGAGAUCACUGGUUGCGAUAAGGGUGGCCGACGCGCUUACGACAACUGGGAGUUCAGCGCGGACCCCAAUGCUGGCGCUUGCUAA